CGGGGUUCACGUGAGUGUGCGCAGGGAAUUGUGAUCGAUCGUUGGCGUGUCGUCGCAAUAAUAACGACGUUUCCGCGCCUCGGUUCUUCUCGUCUUUCUUCUCGCAUCAGGAGGCCCGCAAUCCUGUCCAGAUCCCUCAAGAUGGUGAAGAUGGAGCAUGAUGAUGGUAAAAAUGAGCCGGAACACGUGAGAAAGUUGUUCAUCGGCGGCUUGGAUUAUAGAACGACAGAUGACUCGCUUAAAAAACAUUUUGAACAAUGGGGAGAAAUCGUCGAUGUUGUCGUUAUGAAGGAUCCUAAGACAAAGCGAUCCAGAGGCUUUGGUUUUAUCACUUAUUCUCGUGCUCAUAUGGUAGAUGAUGCUCAGAAUGCCAGGCCCCACAGGGUAGAUGGCAGAGUGGUGGAGCCCAAGAGAGCAGUACCCAGACAAGAGAUUGGCCGACCAGAAGCUGGAGCUACCGUAAAGAAACUCUUUGUAGGCGGCUUGAAGGACGACCAUGAGGAAGAGGAUCUUAGGCAAUAUUUUCAGAGUUACGGUAGCAUAAACUCAAUUAGUAUAGUGACCGACAAGGAGACCGGUAAGAAGCGCGGUUUCGGUUUCGUCGAAUUCGACGACUACGAUCCCGUCGACAAGAUUUGUCUACAACGUAAUCACCAGAUUCGCGGCAAGCACGUCGACGUUAAAAAAGCUUUAAGCAGAGCUGAAAUGGCGUCUGCGUCCGGAGGUGGUGCUGGAGGCGGUGGCGGUAGCCGCGGCGGCCAGGGGGUAGGCAGAGGACCGCGCGGCGGAAACCAAGGCGGCGGAAGCUGGGGAGGACGCGGUAGCGGCGGUGGCGGAGGCGGUGGCGAUUGGAACAACGGGGGUAAUCAGGGCGGAUACGGUGGUGGAGGUAAUCAAGGUUGGGGAGGUAAUGGACCAUGGGAGAAUCAAAAUCAAGGUAAAGGUGGAGGCUGGAACCAGAGUGGACAGGGUGGUUAUAACAGCGGUGGCAACUGGAGUAACGAUAACUUCGGCGGUGGCUAUCAACAGGGAUACGGCGGUGGCCCAGUGCGCAACAACUUCAACUCGGGAGGUAGAUCGGCACCCUACGGUGCCAAUUCAGGUCCUAGCGGCCGACAAUCCGGCGAUUCGAGAUGGUUACCACCCUUCGGCGGACAAGGACCCAUGGGUGGCGGAAAUUCCGGUGGCGGCGGAGGUGGGUACGGAAAUCAAGGUGGUUACGGCGGUAAUUCCCUCGGCGGUGGAAACAUGGGCGGUGGCGGCGGAGGAGGAGGCAGCGGAAGGAGGUAUUAGAAAACAAAGAGACCGUCUAACAACCUCUCUCGCUGAGAGCGACGUAUCUCCGCCGCCGUCCUUCCGAAGUCGUCAAUUGAGGUAAGUUCAAGUUACAAUUCGUCCUCGUGUCUAAUGAUUAAAAAGAUCUUUUCCAGUCGCUUCGAUUAUUAUUUGAGAUUAGGUAUUAUUUUAGAAAGUCUUGAGAAUUCAAACUUCCAAAAAUCCGAGUAUAAUAAUCAAAACAACAAAUAUUUUAAAAUAGAAUCUGCAUUUUCAAAAAAUUGAAAUUUUAGAAAUAUUAAUCUUAAAAGCUUUUACUUGUGGAAAAAAUCUUAAAAUUUUGUAAAUAUUAUAGAACACAUUUUUUUUUUCAUACUUUUGGAGCUUUUUAAACUUGAAUGAUUUAGGGAUCGGAUACGGAAUUUUGAAAUCUGGUUUUGUUAAGGUCUAAAUAUUUUUACAUUCACAUCUAUAAAAUAUUAAGUAUUUAAAAAGUUUUUGAUAAAGCAAAGAUCUUCGAUAUUAGAAAUUUUUUAGGAUCUAUUGUACGAUGUAUUUAGGAUUAAUUAUAUUUUCAUAUAUUUAAUAAAAUUUUUUUUAGUCUA